AUGGGGCCUGAAUCCGAAGCGUCGGAAAGGCCGCAGUGUGGGAGUCAGACCGAAGGUGGCCCUGAGGGUUAUAACCUUGGUCUACAUGUCGCGGGUUUAUUUUUGGUUCUAUCUGUCUCCUGCCUUGGCGCUGGAUUUCCCGUUGCCGCCAAGAAGUUGCCUUGGUUGAAGAUCCCCCCCAGCGUCUUCUUUGCCUGCAAGCAUUUCGGAACCGGAGUUCUGGUUGCUACUGCUUUUGUUCAUUUGCUCCCUACUGCUUUCGGAAGCCUCACCAACCCAUGUCUACCCCCGCUGUUCACUGAGGUUUAUCCCGCCUUGCCGGGAGUGAUCAUGAUGGCAGCCAUGUUUCUUCUCUUCAUUGUUGAGCUGUAUCUCAAUGCAAAGACAGGUGGCCACUCGCAUGGUGGUCCUACAGGUGCUUCAUUUGACACCUCGACUCAUCCGCCCAACACUCAUGCUCACGCUCACACUCACGCUCAAACCCACGCCCAUAAGCCUUCAACCGCGUCACACGACACAGCUACUUCGUCAUAUUGGGGAGAUGACCAGCGCACCGAGACCAAUGUUGACAUUUCACACGAGAAAGCUAUGGCCCAAAAGUUCUAUGAGAAGAAUGCCCAACCGUAUGGACGCCCUUCAGACGACGACGAAAGCUACUCCACCAUGCCUGCGUGGUUUGUUGUCUUUUACGAGCAAUACGUCCGCCAGCGAGCCGAGAUGAUGGAGAUGAUCCAGCAUACGCGAAAGAUCUCAUCAGCCAACUUUGACGAACAAAUCACCUCCGAGAUCACCAAAUCCCACUUUGACCAGGAAGGUCAAGAGGUUGACCCGGCAGUUUACAAGAAAAUGUCGACCAACAUCACGCUUCUCGAAGGUGGCAUUCUAUUCCACUCCGUCUUUGUUGGAAUAACCAUCGCCAUGACUACAGAUGGUCUCGUCGUCUUGUUGACUGCCAUUAUGUUCCACCAAAUGUUUGAAGGCCUUGGCCUCGGAUCUCGCAUCGCCGCUGUCCCUUACCCUCGAGGUAGUGUCCGUCCUUGGUUGUUAGUUUUUGCUUUUGGAACUACAGCCCCCAUUGGACAAGCCAUCGGAAUCCUCAGCAGGAACAGUUACGACCCCGAGAGUGAGCUUGGUCUAAUCAUGGUUGGAGUGUUCAACGCCAUUUCUUCCGGCCUGUUGAUUUAUGCCGCCUUGGUCAACUUGAUGGUCGAGGAUUUCCUCUCAGAGGAGGCAAACCUGCUCAUGACAAAGAAGGACAAGAUUGCGGCAUUUGCCUGGGUCUUCCUGGGAGGCAAGUCUAUCUACAAGAAGAUGGUGUACGAAUAG